AUGAUAUUCCAGUCGCUUUUCUGCGCAUGUGCCGUGGGCAUCCAGUUCUGGGUGUACGGAUACUCACUCUAUCAAUCUCACACUACUGGCCCUUUCAUUGGCGAUCUGUCCAAAGCUGGUCUUCACAAUACGCUUGGUUAUCCUUCGCUCGCAAACUCUGACAUCCCCGACAUCCUAUACGCCUGCUUCGGCUUUACAUUCGUGACAUGUGCUUCCACUGCCAAUAUCUCCAUCCGCUCAAUCUACGUCGUAUGCAACACCAACCUUGCGGCCUGUGGCGGCGGCAUGGCCUGGGCUCUUCUUGAAUACGCGCACAGUGGAAAGUUCUCAAUCAUCGGUUUCUGCUCCGGAAUCAUCUCAGGUCUAGUUGGAAUUACGCCGGCUGCCGGCUUCGUACCGAUUUACGUCGCGUCGCUCGUCGGAGCCUUGACCUCUUGCUGCUCCUACUUCACGGUCAAGUACAAGUACCUACUUCGUAUCGAUGAGGGUCUCGAUAUCUUCGCCAUCCACGGUGUUGGCGGCUUCGUUGGCGACAUCCUGACUGGAUUCUUCGCUGCUGACUACGUACCAGCCAUGGACGGCGUGACAAAUACGUAUGAAGGUGGAUGGUGGAAUCGCAACUGGAAGCAGAUGGGCUACCAAUUAGCUGCUGCUUGUACAUGCGCUGCAUGGUCAUUUGUAAUUUCCAUCAUACUGCUCUUCAUUAUCAACAGGAUCCCGGGAUGCCACAUCAGGGCGUCUGAAGACGAUGAGCUUAGAGGAUUGGACUACAAGUACUUCCACGACGUUGAGGGCGAUAUGAUGGUCUUGGAUGGGUAUGGCGCGUCAACCCCAGGAAUGACCAGGUCUGGUGUUGUGAGCAAUGCUCCCAGUCACGAGGGUGUUGAAGUUCCUAUUUCGUCUGAGAAGCGAGAUUAA